AUUUCAUAGUGAAAAUACUGACGUUUAUUUCGCAAAUUAUUUGCGAAUCCAAACACAAAUAAUCUGUGAAAAGUCAACAAAAACUCAUCGGAGACUGAUUCACAAAAUUAUCAUUAAUCAUUCACAAAUAAUGCGCAUUCUUAUGAGUACCGAAUAAUUAAAAAGUCAAACUUGUUUCUUUUGUGCGUGACAAAGAAAAACAGGAUUCAUAAAUUUGCAUCGAGUGAAUUUUUGUUACAAUAUAAUUUAUAAAUCUUUCGUGAGAUAGAUUCUGCUACCUCAACCCAAUUCUUAAGACUCUUUCAAAGAGCAAACAAGUACCAAUGGUGGGAACAGCAACUGCAGACCAACUCUAAGCAAAUUACCUUCACAAGAAUUUUCCGGAUCAGUUACACUUAGUAGGUAGAUCAGUUCACUGCCAAGGAAGCUUAGAAUGACACUGGGAGGAAGAGUUUUUAUUUUGUCAAGCUUUAUUCUGUCCAUUCAAUUUUCCACUGGCACCCUUAAAGUAAAUUCAACAGAAACUUGUAAAGCGUUAAAUGUAACACCAACAAUAACACAGACGGACUUACUUCAAGAAUUAACAAAAGAUUGUCGAUAUGAUAAAUUACAGAGGCCGCCGGGAGAAAUUUCCCCUAAUGAUCCAGUGAAAGUUUCUUGCAGAGCUUAUAUUUAUACAAUUAAGUCUAAUAUGGCAAAGACUUUGGAGUUCGAUGUUCACAUGAUGUUACAAUUUCGCUAUCUGGACAAACGAUUGAGUUUUGAAAAUAUUGCGCCUUAUCAGAGUCAAAUUUUUGGAGGAAAAUCCGCACACGACUUAAUGUGGACACCAUCGGUUUAUGUUGCAAAUGAAAGAAGUUCUGCAAUUAUGGGCAGUGGUGUUAAAGAUCUCCUAAUCUCCAUUGAUCCUUCGGGAAUGGUUAUUUUAAAUACAAGAUUGGAGGCAAUUCUAAAUUGUGGUCUUCGUUUGGAAAAAUUUCCUUUUGAUGUUCAAGAGUGCCCACUUGUAUUCGAAAGCUGGACAAAUAAUGUUCAAGAAAUGAUAAUUGUCUGGGACGAAAAUCCAAUAAUUCUUGCCGAUGAAUUACAUUUAACAGAAUACAGACUUGUCGAUAAGUGGGUAAAUACAUCAAAAGUUUCCUACACCCCAGCCGAACAACAUUAUGGACACUUUGCUGGAAAUUUCAGUACAAUUAGAGUGACAUUCAAAUUAGCUCGAGAAAUGGGUUUCUUUAUGAUGGACUAUUACAUACCAUCAAUUUUAAUUGUCGUCAUUUCUUGGGUUUCUUUCUGGUUGCACAUGGACGCAAGUCCUCCAAGAAUUGUUUUAGGAACAAAUACAAUUUUGGCGUUUAUGACUCUCGCGUCAAAAGUGGAGAAUUCCUUGCCAAAAGUUUCAUACAUAAAAGCAAGUGAAAUUUGGUUCCUUGGCUGUACAAUCUUCUUGUUUGCUGCAAUGGUGGAAUUUGCUUUUGUCAACACAAUUUAUAGAAGAAAGAAAAAUGUGCCUCUGAAAAAAGUAAACAGCAAGUACAUCCUAAAAUCAACAUUGACGCCUAGACUAGCGAGAAAACAAUUUCAAAAGAAUACUACUGGUUUGGAAAGAUCCAGGUCUUGGUCGUCAUUAGAUAAUGACGCCUUUGGUGAACAUGAUUACACAAGUACAAAUUAUCUAACUGUUCAUAGCUUCCCAAGCACGAUAAAUGUUCCUUCAGUGAAAAUAGACGAUGAAAAACAACCGGACGGUUCGGCGGGCAGUAUAGUAACAAUUAACAGUACUGCAGCAUCUCCUCCACCACCACCACCACCGAAACCUGCGGGCAGAAGGCCAACGUUAGCUCGACUUCAUAAUUUUACAACAAUGACACCACAAGAAAUUGCACAAUGGAUUGAUAAACGGAGCAGAAUACUUUUUCCUGUUGCCUUUCUCGUAUUUAAUAUUCUUUACUGGUCUUUUAUUUGGAUUUGAUUUCUCAUUAAGCACACUUGAGAAAGAAAGAAAAAAUUCUCUCAUUUUCAAUUACAUUGUUUCAUUAACUAAAAAUUUAAUCAUUUUAUUUUCAAACAAAUAUUGUAAAAUAUUUCAAAUAUUUCAAAUAUUUCUUUUUCAAUGAUUCACAUACGAUCAAAACUAGAAAAAUAAUUCUCUUAAUUUAACAAUAUAUUUAAAGUUGUAUAUUUAAAUUCGAUGAUGGGAACUCAAGUUUUCAUUUAUUGCGAAUAUAAUUCAAUUAUUCAAUUAUCAUUAAUUAGAGGUGUAGAAAAACUCGUAAUUCGAAUUAUUCUUAUCGAGAAAAUAGAAUUUUUUGAGUACACACCUGUGUAGAAUUAAUUAAUUUAUAAAAAAAUAAAUAAUUUUUUUAAAACAUGAUUAGAUAGAAUUUUUUUAUAAAUAUAUUUGUGUAAAUUUUUUAACUUUUAAUACAUUUUUCUAUUUAAAAAGAAAUUGCGAAUUAAUAGUUUGCAAUAAAAGUAGGAAGUAAAUUUCCUGUUUGGCACUAAAAAAAUAUUUUUAGAAAAUUUAAAAAAGAACAUUUCGAUUAGAUAAGUAAUUGCGUUAGGUAAUGUGGUAAUGUUAAUAAAAUUGAUCUGCAAUUAUUGUAAACGAUCUACUAUUAAAGUAUCUAUACUAAGUGCACUAAAAAAAUACAUAAACAAAUAUUUAUUCACGUUUACUUAUUUGCAUUACUUUUUUUAGUCAUGUCGAAAAGGAAAUAAAUAUUUGAAAAUAACGAAAAGUAACAAUAUGUAUUAUUUUUGAUGAAAAAUUGUAUUUAAAUGACUUUUUACUAAAAUUAGAUAUAGUGUGCUCAAAACCACUUGAACUUGAUUAGAAACUAUCGUGUAAGGAUCGAUAAAGUGACCUCGUUAUUUCAUCAAUAAGUUUAGGACCUGUAAAGUAUUUAGUUGCUUCAGGUGAAUUGCCCCCUGGGAUUAAGAGAAUUAAAAGAAUUAAGAGAAAUUUGAAUUAUUUUCAAUCAAUUUUGAAAUAUUUUUUUAGGAAAUUUUUAUUAUUAGGUACACUUUCUCUAAAUCAUGAGGGAAAUUUGAAAUUCUGCAAACAACAAUUGGAUAUAUUCCUAAAAUAGUUUAUUGAUUCGAAAGAAAAUUUAAUUUAAAAAUUUAUUUAUUAAUAAAAGAUUAGAGAAUUUCAUUUCAUCAGAAAGAAAUUAGAAAAAUAGACCCUUCACUAAUAUUAGUAUGCUCUUUUUUUUGUCUUAUCGGACAAUCAAGUAAAGCGAACUAAUAAAAAAUAAUAGGACGUUGAACGCACUUUGUCAUUAGUAUUAGCUUCGAAAAAGACAAACUAAAGAGAACUAUCUAUACAUAUCUAAAAGCAAUAUUAUAUGAUAAUUAAAAUAAAAAUAUGCUAAUUUAAAAAAAAUGUAUGUCAAACAAAAAACGGUGAACACAACAGUUAAUUUUAUUUAAAGGCAAGCAAUGCCUACGAAAUUUGAUUUGAAUUUUCUGCGUGUUAGGAAUAUAUCAAAUUGUAAUAAUCUGAGUGACCUUAGAAAAAAAGCCCAUGAUUAAGUCGAAAAUUCCAAAGGAACUGUGUGUAUUGAAGGUCGACCUCGAAUAUUAGGGUUGAACGAAUGUUCCGUGUCUCACGCAACCAGACCCCAUAAAAUUCUCUACUCAACGAGCAGCUUUCUUACUUUUAACAUUAGAAAAAAUCUUGAUAAAUAUCUACAAUCUUUGUUUUAAUUAAGUGACUGAGCUUAAAAUUUAAAAAUAGACAUUAGGGUCAUUGGAAAUUUUGUAAAUUUUCCAUCGCUUAAAGUUUAACGGAGCUUUUAAUCUUUCUGAUUGUAAAAGUCAGGAAGUGAUACUUUCAAACUUUCUUUUUAGUAUUCAAGAAAAGAAUACUUAAAAGGAAACUAUUUCAUAACUCAGUUUUCGACUAUUUUUUCUUUCUCCGAAUA